AUGUCUCAUUUCGUGAAAAAUAAGAAUGGACAUUGUCGUCUGUGCACAGAACCAGAUGACAAGCAGGACAUGGUCGCAUGUGACGAAUGUGACCGAUGGUUCCGUCACGGAUGCGCAGAGUUGGGAAGAUUACCAACCAAAGGAGAGCGAUGGAUUUGUAUCAAAUGUGCUGCCACAGAAGAACAAAUCCAUUCAUUGGAGAAGGCCAUGAAGGUCAAAAGAGACUCCAGUCAAAAGGAAUCCAAAAUGGAGGCAGUAUUCGGCGAAAUGCUAGAAGCACUAAGAAGUCUCAAUGAAAAUAACACUGCCGGUACAAGUCGGCAAGUUAAUGAUGAUUGGACUGUAUAUUUAAAGCGUCAAGCUUUAAUACAGCUUCCUAAAUUUAAUGGAUCACCACGAGAAUGGCCUACCUUUAGAAAGAUAUAUGCAGAUACCUCGAAAGAGGGCAGGUUUUCACCGUUGGAAAACUUGAAUAGACUACAGGUAGUGCUAGGAGGAUAUGCUGCAAAAUGUGUGCAGCCACUGAUGAUGGAUCCUGAGAAUGUUCCUAAAAUCAUAGAUAGAUUGGAACAGAAUUUCGGUAGACCUGAGACGGUCUACAAAGAAUUGUUGCAUGAGCUGACAAAAAUAAGAAAAGAAAAUAAAAACUCCGUAGCCGAAAUUGCUGACGCGUUAGAAAAUUUGAUCAGUAACAUGAUUGUCCUGGACAGAGAAGAUUACCUGCGGUAUAUGAGAUUAGUGGAGGAAACGGUAAAUAAAUUACCCUUCAACCUACAAAUAAAAUGGGCAGAGAAGCUACAACUAAAUAAUAUAGCGUCCACGCUGAUAGAACUAAGUGAAUGGUUGAAACCUCACGCACGCACUUGUAGGUUAAUGACCUCAAUGUCCCAAAAUAAUGAAAAAAGAGACAGAAUAAACCUACACGAUCAAAAACGACCAUCUUGCCCAGCCUGCAAGGAGUCACACAAGCUGGUACAGUGUAAGAAAUUUAGGGCAAUGAACCUAGAAAGACGGUGGGUAGUUGUAACAAAAAAUAAGUUAUGCAUGAAAUGUUUGGCAAGUAGCAAACAUAGAGCCAUAGAUUGUUGGACCAAAAGUAAGUGCAACGAAAAUGGAUGUAAAGGAAACCACAACAGAUUGCUGCACAAAACCGGAGUACAGAUAAAACCUAAAAAGGUCGAGGACCCGGUGGCUGGAGAAGACACAUAUAAUGUGAAUCAGACUAAACGGACAAGUGUUUUUCAUCAGACCAUUCCGGUAACAUUGUGGAACGGGAAUCGCAAGACCCUGACGUUUGCCUUUUUAGAUCCAGGUUCAUCACUUACUUUACUUGAUGAGCAAGUAGCAGAGGAACUACAACUAAAGGGUAAGGUCGACCCUUUAAAAUUGAAGUGGACUCAAAAUUUUUCAAGAGAAGAAACAGAAAGCAAAAGAGUUAAUCUGCAAAUAAGUGGCAAAACCACUACGAAGUACGCCUUGAAGGAUGUAAGAACCGUCAAGGACAUAAAUUUACCUUUGCAGUCGAUAGAUUAUGAGCUGUUGGCCGCAAAAUAUAAACAUUUAAAUGGAUUGCCAAUCUCCAGUUAUUGUUACGCAAGGCCAAAGGUUCUGAUCGGAUUAAAUUAUAUUCAUUUGUUACUUCCACUGGAUAAAAGAACAGGAGGGCAUGAAAAACUAAUGACUAUAAAAACCAAACUCGGGUGGAUGAUAUUUGGAGCUAUAUCUGGAUCAGUAACCGGUAAACAUUUGAUGAUAAUUCAGGAGGAAGACCGGCUAAUGAGAGAUAUGAUGAAAAGGUAUUUUUCUAUUGAAGAUUUUGGUGUAAAGAUUUCGGCAAACCCAUUGGAAUCAAAACAGCUUACUAGAGCCAGAGAAAUUAUCGAUAAAACACUUAAGUACACCGACAAACGAUAUGAAAUUGGGCUACUUUGGACAGAGGAAAAUUUUAAAUUUCCGGACAGCUACAACAUGGCACUAAAAAGGUUAAUCGCACUGGAGCAAAAGGUUCAGAAGAAUGAAACACUUGAAGAGAUUUCUGAGUGGUCUGGCGAUAUGUUUUACUUGCCUCAGUUCAUCGUCAUCAAUAAAAACAAAAAUCCACCGAAACCUCGCUUAGUUUUUGAUGCCGCAGCCAAAGUGAAAGGUGUUUCACUUAACUCAGCACUAUUAUCCGGACCGGAUGCAACCACCUCGUCAUUUGGAGUUAUAAUAAGAUUUAGAGAGGGCCCAGUCGCUGUAGCUGGAGAUAUUAAGAAAAUGUUUAGUCAAGUGGGUAUAAAUAAGGUUGAUCAAAGAAAACAAUGCUUCCUAUGGCGGAAUUUCGAUGGAAAACGACAACCUGAUGUGUAUGUUAUGCAAGUGAUGAUAUUCGGAUCCACUUGUUCGCCAGCGUGCGCUCAAAUAGUUAAAAAUCACAAUGCUGAGCUGUUCAAAAAGGAAAAACCAAAGGCAGUUGAAGCUAUAGUGAAGCAACAUUACGUCGACGACUACGUAGACAGCUUCUACACUGUAGAUGAGGCCAAUAAGACAGUAAAGGAUAUUAUGGAAAUACAUAAUAAUGCAGGAUUCUUCAUUAGAAACUUUGUUUGA